AUGAUACAAGUAACAUCACUAUCUUUUGUUAAUUCAACCAACUCCAAUACCAUGUUAGAUAACCAAAUUCUAACAACAUCUCCUAUCAAAAUUAAUCCUUCAGUUGCAAAAAUUGCUCAACAAAUUAUAGGCAACAACAGUGAUGACAAUCAAAACACUGAACAUGAAUAA